AUGCAGCCGCUGCGCGGGCACCGCUACGCGCACGCGCACGACGAGCUGGACGACGACGACGACGACGACGACGAGGCUACCAAGGGCUUGAUGGGCGGGGGCAUGGGAGGUGCAGCUGGCGCGGCCGAGGACUUUGAGCUCUACACGCCCGACGAGGAGCGCCGCGUGCUGCGCAAGCUGGACCGCAAGCUCGUGCUGUUUAUGGCCGGGCUGUAUAUGCUGAGUUUUCUGGACCGGUCGAAUAUCGGGAAUGCGCGCAUUGCUGGCUUGGCGGAGGAUUUGCAGCUGGAUUCGGAUCGGUACGAGUGGCUGUUGACGGCUUUCUAUGUCACGUAUAUCGCGUUUGAGUGGAUGACGCUGAUGUACCGCAUCGUGCCGCCGCACAUGUACAUCUCAGCGUGCGUCUUCUCAUGGGGCCUGCUCGCCAGCCUCCAAGCCGUAAGCACCAGCUUCAGCAGCAUGGUGGUGCUGCGCGCGCUGCUGGGCAUCGCCGAAGCAGCCUUUGGCCCGGGCCUGCCGUACUACCUAUCGUUUUUCUUCCGGCGCGAGGAGCUUGCCUUCCGCACAGGGCUGUUCAUCUCGGCGGCGCCGCUGAGCACCAGCUUCGCCAGCAGCCUGGCGUGGGCCAUUACGAGCGUGGCGGAGCAGCUGCCCGGCCGCGUCGCGCCCUGGCGCCUGCUGUUCCUGGUCGAGGGCGCGCCGAGCCUGUUCGUGGCCGUGUGGGCGUGGGGCUUCGUGCCCGACGGGCCGGGCGAGGCGCGCUGGCUCGAUGGCCGCGAGCGCGAGGUCGCCGUGCUCCGCCUCCGCCGUGAGCGCGAUGUCACGGGCUUGGAGCGCGAGAAGGAGGACGCGAUGGUGGCGGGUGGUGGUGGCAGGAGGCGCAGACGCGGCAUCGAUUUGCGCGAGGUGGCCAAGACGCUGCGCGAUCCGAAGGCGUGGCUCACGGCUCUCAUGUUCUUCCUCUCCAACGUCGCCUUCUCGUCGCUCCCCGUCUUCCUCCCCACAAUCAUCCAGUCCAUCUCCCCCACGCUCUCAAAACCAACCACGCAAGCCCUCUCCGCGCCGCCCUACCUGCUCGCCUUCCCCCUCGUCCUCCUAACCGCCUACCUCUCGGACCGUCACCGCCGCCGCGGCCCCUACCUAAUCGGGCACGCCCUCCUCGCCAGCCUCGGCUACGCCCUCCUCGCACUCUCUGAGCCCCUGCACCUCCCGCCCUGGGCGCGCUACCUCGCCCUCUUCCCCGCCGCCGCCGGCUUCUUCGCCGCCGUCACCCUCGUCCUCGCCUGGCAGCUGAACAACCAGGCCAGCGUCGCCGGGCGCGGGACGGGCGUCGCGCUGCUGGGGCUCGUCGGGCAGUGCGGCCCGCUGCUGGGCACGCGCCUGUAUCCGGAACGCGAGGCCCCGUUUUAUGCCACGGGCAUGUGGGUGUGUGCGGGCGCGAUGCUGGGGGUUGCGUGCUUGGCGGCGGGGCUGGCGUGGUGGUUGGGGCAGGAGAAUGCAAGGGCGGUGCGGGACUGGCGGGCUGGGCGGGCGAGGGGUGAGGAUGGGGGUGAUGGGGAUGAGGGCGCAGUGCCGCUCGUUGCUGCUGGUGGGGAGGGCGAGGAGGGGAGAAGUUCUGGUGGGGGCCCGUUUUUGUUCAUGUUGUAA